AUGGUCGCUACGACUGAUGCUUAUACAUACAUCGGUGUCUUCGCCGAAGUCAUAAACGAAGGUCUCCCGCGCGGUGUCUUCACCGUCAUCGGUGACCGUUCCUCCCGCACCAUUCAAUCCCGUAUUAACCUCACCUACACGCUUCUAUACACACAAUCAAUCCUUGGCCUCCUCCUUUCCGUAAUCUUCUGCUCCGCAGCAUCAUCAUUUGCUUCUACAUUCGUACCACCAGAAACUCGUGAUGCAUCGUUGACAUAUAUCCGUAUAUCGUCUUUCUCCACACUGUUCUCCGCUAUAAAUGCGGCUGUGGGGGCCGCUACUAGAGCUCUAGAUCGGCCUGAUAUUCCGUUAGCAAUAAACUCUGUUGCUACGUUUGUUAAUAUCAUAUUAGACUUGGCGUUGAUAUCGACGGUUCGGGCACCUGGUCUUAACCCUACUGCUAAUACACAAGCUGGUAUUCGAUUAGCUUGUGAUGGAUGUGGUGCUCUAGCCGGGGUUUUAUAUUUCUUAUUCAUGAGUAAGAAGAGUUUGUCUACGACCCCUGUUUCUAUGAAACUUGCUAUGAAACCGAAUUUCGUUGCGUUGAAACAGUUGGUUAGGGCUGGUGUGUUUACGUUUGUGGAGUCGGCGGUGAGGAAUGCGUUGUAUUUGUGGUUAAUUUCUAAUAUUGUCAGCAUGGGGAAUACUUAUGCGACUGCUUGGGGGGUGUUUAAUACUAUUAGGUGGGGGUUGAUUAUGGUUCCUGUUCAGGCUCUUGAAGCUUCGGCUGUGACGUUUGUGGGGCAUAAGUGGGGGGCUUGGAGAGGGAGGGUUGGGAGGGAGGUUAGGAGGGCUAAAGCUGGGUGGAUGGAUAUUUGGAAGAUUGUUCAGCCGGCGAUUAAGUCCUUUUUUAUUGUCUUUUGGAUUGAGAUAUUGCUGUUUAUUAUUCUGGCGUAUACGGGCGGCGUGAGGUCCUUUGCGUAUUAUCUUUCGAACAGCGAGACGGCAGCUGAAGUUACGGAAAUGAUGUGGAAGAGCAUCGAAUGGUGUUAUAUCUUCUACGCUCUCAGUACCCAACUAGCCACCAUCCUACUGGCAACCCAGCCACGAUGGUACCUUUACCAAUCACUAUGUUCGAAUUUAUUAUACGUUUUACCGUGGUGUAUUGCGGUGACGAAGAUUGAUAUGAAUGCUGGGAAUGCGUGGUUAUAUCAUAGAUGGAUCUUUGGGGGAUCUUUGGUGGUUAGUUUUGGGAUUAUUUUGGUUGUGGAUGGGAUUUGGGCGGUUUGGCUGUGGAAGGGGAGGAGUGAGAUGGCGCCUAUACAGGAUGGGGUUUAG